AUGACUCUGUGGAACGGUGUGCUGCCCUUCUACCCUCAGCCCCGGCACGCCGCCGGUGCCAGCGUCCCACUACUCAUCGUCAUCCUGGUGUUCUUGGCCUUGGCUGCCAGCUUCCUACUCAUCUUACCCGGGAUUCGUGGCCACUCGCGCUGGUUCUGGUUGGUGAGACUUCUCCUCAGCCUGUUCAUAGGAGCAGAAAUUGUGGCGGUACACUUCAGCGCAGAAUGGUCAGUGGGCAGAGUUAGCACCAAUACAUCCUACAAGGCCUUCAGUGCGGCACGCGUCCGAGCCCACGUCGGUCUGCACGUGGGCCUGGAGGGCGUUAAUGUUACACUCACAGGGACCCCAGUGCAGCAGUUGAACGAGACCAUCAACUACAACGAGCAGUUCAUUUGGCGGAUGGGCGAAAACUAUGCUGGGGCGUACACGGAGGCACUGCAGAAGGGGCUGCCGGACCCAGUCCUCUAUCUGGCGGAGAAGUUCACUCCGAGCAGCCCCUGCGGGGUUUACCGCCAAUACCGCUUGGCGGGGCACUACGCCUCGGCCACGCUGUGGGUGGCGUUCUGCUUCUGGGUCCUCUCCAAUGUGCUGCUCUCCAUGCCGGUCCCGCACUACGGAGGCCUGGCUCUCCUGAUCACCGGCGCCUUCGCACUCUUCUCCGUCUUCGCCUUCGCCUCCAUCUCCACCGUGUCUCUCUGCCAGCUCCGCCUUGGCUCCUCCGAGCUCACCACUCACUACGGUGCCGCCUUUUGGAUCACGCUGGCCACGGGCAUUCUGUGCCUCCUCCUCGGAGUGGCGGUGCUGAGACUCCACUACGCUCGGCCCAGCGCUCUUCGCACCCUCUUGGAUGGAAGCGUCAAGGGCCUCGAAAGUCAGGCGAAAGGGAGCUCUCCUCUCAUCCUCAACAACCCACUGCAUAAGCAGUUCUGGGCCUCAGACUUAAACAUCAGUACUAACCUGUGAAAGGGACUCAACCUCGGACUCCUACUCUGCCUUGGUCCCCCCCAGGCGGGGGAGCAGUGCCCACCGGGCCUGGAGAGCUCCGGGAGGGCACUGCGCUGGGGGCACCGGGGGGAAAAGGCCGGUGGCCUCAGAUAAGAGUCUCCCAGGGUGAGCUGUAAAUACA